AUGGCCGACUAUAACCCUUUGUUUGGGUUGCGCCGGCGCAAAAUGGCCGCCGGUUACCAUUCAGUGGAAGAAUACUGGGAUAAUUUAGGUGAAUACGAAGGUGCCAUUUUGAAAGCUCGAGAAAUAUGGGAAAAUGUAAAACCUUUGUACACGAAGCUCCACAAGUACAUAGCACUAAGGCUCAAGGGGUCUGAAGCAGUUGGCAAAUCUUUACCAGUACAUUUGUUUAAGUCUUUAACCGGUAAUGACUGGUCCAACCUAAUAGAAAAUCUACUGCCAAAACAUGCUGGAAUAUACCAAAAAAUACAUGCAAAUCUUCAGUUAAAGGAUCUCGGUGGUGUUAAAGCUUUCAAGCAAGCAGCAAAACUGAUAAAAGCAUUAAAUUUAGGAGAAGCAAAUGAAUCAAUUUUCACUGAAUCCGUGUUUAACAGUACUUGUCCACCAACACUGAUAGAUUGGUGCAAACCAAAUAAUGUUAAAGUGAUAACAUGUAAAGACGUCAGCAUAGCCAAUUACAUAGAGGCCCAUGAAGCCGUCAUGAAGAUAGUUUAUAAACAAACUAUUAAUUUACACAGCAAUAACACUUAUAUUUUGAGAGAAGCAUCCCGCUAUUCCGCUAUAUAUGAAGCCAUUCCUGGAUUCGUGUCUUUACUUUCGCUGAAUCCAUAUGCUUUGAAUCGAGCUGAAUUGUUUCCGUUAGAAAUGUUCAAUUACAACCCUAACUAUCAUCGUCUUGUGUUACAACUCAUAAUGGCUUUGAAAGAUUUACCCAAACUUAACUUCUAUUUAGCUGCUGAUGAAUGGAGAAUAAAAGUUUUGAUGGGCACCAUCCCAUAUGCAAAGAUACCGAGUAGUUGGAGUGACUUUCGUAAAAAUUUCUCUUUCAUCGAAACAUCUAACGUUGAUUUUCUUGGAGACCCGUACAUGGUUUUCAAUAAACCUUUUAUUGGAAAAUUUAUGGGUCUUAUUCUAAAAUAUCAAAUUUAUCAAUCAUUUGCUGAAGAGAUGAUGUCUGAUAAUUCUGAUUUAGUUGAACAUAUCGCUGAAAAUAACUACAGAUUAGUAGAUGCAAUGAUGCAAGGCUUCGGAUCUCCUUGGCCUGAUAUGGUCAGUGAUCUUUUAGCAAAGCGAGAAUAUGGUCUAGAAUAUACAGGGCUUACUGAUUACUACAAAUUUCUGGACGAAUACUUAGAUAAUCAAUUAGAUCCAGGGGCUGAGAAUGAAAAUUCUGACGAUUACGUAGAACCCAUCGUGGAUGAACCAAUCCUUGAAGAAAAUGAAAUUCCUGACUCAGCUCCUGAACCACGUGAGAAAAUCGAUACACAUAAAGAAUACAUUAUUGAUUUAAGUGAAAAAACAAGCUCUGAAUUUACUGUAGAAACGACUACAGUAGGAGCUUUAGAAGUAAAGAAUCCCGUGGCAUCUGGGGACCAAAAAGAAGAGACAAAUACGAAAGAGGCAUCGUAUAACACUUACUGGUGGAUAGGAAUAGCUGUGGCUUUGGCUGUUAUUGUAAUACUCAUAGCAAUAAUCGCGAGAAAACGCCACAAUCACAGAAAACAGCUAGAAAAAGAGCGAAGAGACAACUCACGAGCCUGA